ACCGCUUGCCCUUCCUGGUAACCUGUUUGCAUGUAAACAUAACAUGGCAUCAUUGCACGAUCCCGGCGAGGCCAACAGUGUGACAGUCACUAUAUCUCACCUUUUAUUAAAUGAACAAGCAGCUGUGCUGAACAAUGACAAUGUCAAAGAGUUGUUUGUGGCCUACAACUUUUUGGGCAUUGAGCCAGCAGAACUGGAAACUCCAUUCUCCCUGCCAAAACCUAAGGCUAAUAACCCAGUCACUUACAACUACACAAAAACUUUCCAGGUGGACAUGCAAGAAAACUAUGAGAGGAGGCAGUACCUGGCUAGUAUGUUGUUACCUGAUGACCCAGAGCAGGGCAGAAUCCGUUUUACAGUCGUGAGUGAUCCCACCGAUGAUGAUGAAUUAGGUGUUGAGUGUGAAGACAUUGGUGUAGCCUUCGUCAGUGUCAAAGAGAUCCUCAUGACCAAGAAAGAUGUUGAGGAUCAAAAUGUCGAAAUCUACGAUGUAAAGAAUGAACAAGAUGUGAUAGGAACUCUGAAUGUGACAGUGAAAUGCCUGCCUGCCCUAGAGGCUGUGGAGAAGGAGAUGAAGAUUGAGGGAACUUACUAAACACCCCUUCCAUCCCCCCCAAAACCCCAUCUGUGAGCAUGGAGGGCAAGAGAGAAACCUGGGGAAAAUACUAUAAAAAUCAGCUGAAAUAUUGUAAACAAAGAAUGCAUACUGAUUGCAAGAGAAAACUGCAGAAAUUUGGAACCACAGUUUAAGGAGGAUUAUUGUCUUCAUAGGAAAAGUUCAUUCACACCCAAGUUUUAGAUUCAACAUACUCAUAAACACUGCGACUGAUGUACAUGGAUAGUGUGUUCAGGUGCUACUAAAGUGUGCUGAACAUUAACUCACACAAAGUGUGCUGAACAUUAACUCGCACAAUGGGUGCUGAACAUUAACUCGCACAAAGUGUGCUGAACAUUAACUCGCACAAAGUGUGCUGAACAUUAAGCUACAUGAUACAUUUAUGUGCAUCAUGUGAGAUCGUUAACAUUAUAACACUUUAUUUUAUGCUACACAUGAUGCGUCUUAGAUAGAGAAUUUAAUGUUUACAAAUACGUUUCAUCCACUUAGAGGUGAUUUAUUUAGUAAACAGUGGAAGUUUAUUUCACUGAAAUGUUGUUUUUUUUCCUAUUAAAGAAAAACGAUAUCAAAUUA